AUGGCUAACCUGCCAACGCUCGUCUUUAUACCUGGUGCCUGGCACAAAGCCGCCUGCUUUGAAAAAGUCACCAAAAUCCUCUCCGAACAAUACGGCUUCAAAUGCGUCCUAGUGACUCUCCCAUCAACCAAAGGGAACCCAGAAGCCACGUUCAAAGAUGACCUCGAUGCCGCACGAACGGCUAUAUCAAACGAGACGACCCAGGGCCGUGAUGUUGUAGUUCUGGCACAUUCCUACGGCGGCAUGGUGGGAAACAGUGCCAUUAAGGGUUUUACCCGACCACAAGACACUCCAACAAGGCCGGGAUACGUCAUCGGUCUUAUACUGAUUACUUCUGGCUUCACUUUUACUGGCCUCGCAUUUAUGGAUCCCUUCCUUGGAUACCCGCUUCCAUUUUUCCGUGUCAACAAAGAAACUGGCUUCGCCGAGCUUACCGCUUCACCACGCGAACUAUUCUAUCAUGACGUACCAGCAGAAGAAGCGGAAUACUGGUGUUCUCAGCUUGAAAGUCACAGCCUGAAAUCUCUAUUUGAAGGAGGAGAGCAUUCCUAUUCUGGCUGGUUGGAUGUGCCGUGCUGGUAUAUUGGUGCGGCAGACGAUAAGAGCUUGCCGAUAUAUGUGCAACGAAUGCAGACUGGUAUGGCUAGGAACGUGGGUGCGAGUGUAGAGUAUAGGGAGCUUCGUACCAGCCAUUCGCCCUUUUUAAGCCAACCUAGAGAUACUGCAAGGCUUAUUCUGGAGGCUGUUGGGAAGUUCACCGAGAAUCCAGUUGAGAACCUGCCUCCACUAGAUGAAUGUCAUGCUAUGACGCCGGUGCCAGCGGUGGAGUUGUUGCAGCCUCUUACAUGGUAUAAGUUUGGGCUGCCGUUGGCAUUCGGCCAUCUUCUUGGGCGGUGUGUAGUUUUGUUUAAUUGGACUAGAGGGAUGCUAGGUUCGUCAGGGCACUCUAAAUCCGAGUAG